UGACUCUUUAGGAAGGCAAAAGUGACCAACUGAAGCCCGACCUGCUCGUCGCUAUCAGCUGGAGCGGAAGGGAUUCUGUUAUGGUUCAUUUGGAGUGUGUUUAGCAUCUAGUCGUGUCUGUGGUGUACAUUGUGUUCGGACUGUCAUUUUAUUAGUAUAGAUCUGUUAGCAAGCAGGAACCCUUUGAAGCCGGGUUAAGAGUUUCACUAGUUGACCAGGGAUUUAGCAUCGACUGACUGAAAUCAGCUGAAUAUCCGUAAACACAGAGGGGCUUUUCAGUGAUCUGAUGACCAUGAGACGAAGUCCAAGGAGACCCCUGAUUCUCAAAAGGAGAAAGUUGCCCUUUCAGCAAAAUGAACUACCAACAGCUGGAUCACAAAGCCAGUCUGAAGUCUCACUUGCUGAAGAACAUUCAAGUACUCCUGCCAGUCAGUGCUUCCUGGAUGGGAUCCGGAUUAUAGAUCACCAUUCUAUGUCCGAUACUCAGGUGGUUGUCAUACCUAAAACGGCAGACCUUCAAAACGUCAUCGGGGCCCUAACUGUCAAAGGCAAGGAAAGUGGUCCUCAAGGACCGAACAAGUUCAUCCUCCUGAGUGAGAAUGGUGAUAAUGCAACAUUUUGUCACCCUGCUGCACUACGGGAUGGACAGACCAUGAAAGCAGAAAUAAGCCACAACUCCCUGGAAGCUAAGCCUCCUAACAGGACUAAACUAUUGAAUAAGGAGCUGGAAUGCGGUCCUUUGGAUGACAGCCUGACUAACAUCCAUUGGCUUGGCAAAAUGAGCACAUGUACCAUUGAACCAGAGCCUACAAGGGAAGAGAGCAACAAGGAGAACCCAAACACACCCUUACAGGCUUUACAGAAUCCUCAUAUGAAUGAAGAAGCAGGCCAACAGUCAGAGAGGCCACCUUACUCCUACAUGGCCAUGAUUCAAUUUGCCAUCAACAGCAGAAAGGACAGGAGGAUGACGCUGAAGGAGAUCUAUCUGUGGAUCGAGGACCACUUCCCUUACUUUAGACGAGUGGCCAAACCAGGAUGGAAGAAUUCCAUUCGCCAUAACCUCUCUUUGCACGACAUGUUCAUUCGUGCGACCUCACCGGAUGGAAAAGUUUCCUUUUGGACCAUUCGUCCAGAGGCCAAUCGGUGCCUCACGCUUGAUCAGGUGUAUAAGCCUGGUUGUGACCCAAUGACUGCUCCUGUUCCAGUGCCUAUGGUUUUAUUACCCCACGAACAACGAAAGAAGAUACCUGAAGUACGAAAGCCCUCAACCUGCUCAGAGAAAAAGAUGAAACCUCUUCUUCCCAGAACGGAUUCCUACUUGGUUCCCAUCCAGCUCCCUGUCACUUCCUCUGUCUACCUGCCGAGUUCAGCAACUUCGCUUCCCCAGCCUUGUUUGCAGCAGAAACGCAACACAUCACGUGGAGCCAAGAGAGUCCGGAUAGCUCCUAAGGUGACACCAAAUGACAUUUCUUUGAAAAGCAGAGAGUUGAAGAAGGAGCCUGAGUGUGUUCUCACUAAAUGCGAGACUCCUAAAGCCGCCCUGAAGAGGCCAGCCAGCAGCUCUCGGCGUAAGCAGCGUCUGAUUCACUCUGUUCAUGAGGAGCCAGUCCUGCUCUGCCAUAAUAAUACUUUCUUAGACUCGGGCGUAGCCUCUGAUGCCUCCACUUUCCAUGACGUGCAUGACACAGAGUUAGAUGUACAGCAGGACAGCCCCGACAGAGAGUUCUCCUUCAAGACCCCCAUAAAAAGUAGCAACCAUUUAACCUCGUCCACUCCCAGCAAGGCCCCACUGAAUGCUUUGCCUGAGCCCUGGAAAGUGACCCCAGUGGGCAAAGGGAGCCAAAAUGUUCUGGACUUCAGCCCCAUUCGCACACCAGGUGGCCCCGCGGUCACACCACGGCACGACUACACCACCUUCAGCUUCAGCAGCACACCCUUCAAAGACCUGCUUCUCUUUAGCUCCCCCAGAGAGCUUCUGGCUGCUGCUCCUUCCAAAGGGACGGGUCCCGCAGACUCUUCCAUCGAGUGCCUUCGAGGCAGCUGCUCCCCGGAGCUGCUUCAGGCAGGAAGCACCACAGCAGUGAACCGCUCAAUCACAGAGGGCCUGGUUCUAGAUACACUGAACGACAGCCUGAGCAAGAUACUGGUGGACAUUAGCUUCACAGGCCUGGAUGAUGAGGACCUGGGCAUUGCUAACAUCAGCUGGUCUGAGUUCAUCCCUCAGUUGAAGUAGACCGACACUGAGUUUUAUUUAUUUCACAAAACACUAAGCGAUAAAGCCCCCAUAGACAACCGCAAUGCAGAGGAAAGUAACGUGUUAGUCUGAACCAAUAAAACCUUGGAACUUAUCAUCUGGUAUAAAUGCAACAUUGCUUUAAACUAACUGAAGGCAAUUAAUAUGGAAUAUAUGUUUAUAUAUUGUUGUCUGAAUGAGGAUGAUAGACUUUUAGUUCAUGAGAAAUUGAGGUAGUUGGUUUGGAGAUAAAUACAAAUCAGAUCUUUACAUAGAUUGAGUUGAAUCUAUAAUGUAUUUUAGCCUUAGUAAGUUGUUGUAUCUGUGUGGGAUGUGCCAGAGGAUAAACAGUGUUUUGUAUAAUUAUAUUCCCUCUUCAGUUGAUACUGUCGCCGUGUGGAACACCAGAGCUAAACAACUUAACUAAAGCAGCACUAGGCGCUGCCGGUCUUUGCUGCAUCUUUUAAAAUGUACGAGAUGAACGCUCCAAAAUGUUUAAAGGUCGUUGGUUUGCAUGUUUUGCCUGUGAUUGGGCACUUUAUCUUUAGUGACCGGGUCAACCAAGCAAGCAGCUCCCGUCUCAUGAGAUGCGUUUCUCUUGACCUUUGGUUUGCUGUUUUUCAUUGCUUGCAUCACUCAAACUGCCUGAGUGUAACAGUUUGUUUUGUUUUUUUCUUCUGCAUGUGGGAAAAGUUUCGUCUUGUCAUCGUUUUGUUCACUUUCCUGUCCUGUCUUUAGCCUUGAAGGAAUCGUUAGUGAAGAGAAGUCUGUGUAUAUGUUGAUUUGCACAUUUUAAUAUAUAAUUAGCUUUUACAUAUGUAAAUUGAAUGCAAUAUAUUGCUUAAUAAGCCAGUGAGAUGCUUCACCCAGCCCCUAGCACUAACAGCAAUAGGCUUAUGUUAAUUCUGGAACUGUCUUGCCCACACGACUACAAAUACUCUGUGAUUGUUCUUUAGAGCACUUUGUACGUGCAAGGAGGCAUAUUUUGCAUGCUUUGACAUUUGGUAACAACAAACCAUUUGUACCUAGCACAUUCAUACAGCCAUUAUUUCUCAUUGGGGCGCAGGUGGGAAAAAACAUUUUCGUAACAUCAUCCAAACGCAUUUUGUAGGUGCAAGGCUUAAUCAUUCCCACAGGUUUGUUGGCAUGUAUGUUUAUAUCUUGGAGUUUUUACACUGCAGUAAGUUGAUGUGUUCACAGUGGCCAUUGAGGAGCAAAGAGCCCUGUUGGUAUUUCUAUGACUACAAUAAACCUGGUGGUGUUGGUGCCUCA